GAAGUAUGUGCGCGUAUCAUCAUGCAAUGUUGACUCUGGGUUGUCUCUGUCAGGUCCAAUCGUUCCGGCUGUUUAUAAGUUGCUUUGUUGGCAGAUCAGCUAGUGAUAUUCCCCGUUACGAUACCACUCUAGCUUACAGGCAGUGGAUGAGCGUUCUCACUGAAAGCUCUCUGGAGUGGUAUUCUUGCAGAGCAAUCAGAUUCAAGCUCCGUGCACUCGCUGCAUUUGAAGUGGCGAUGAUCUACUCUAUGUAGUCCAUGGCUCUCUCCACCCACAGUACUCCGUCAGGAUUUUUGUUGCCAUCGGUCCACUCAGCGCCCCCAUUCUUCACUGAGCAACCAAACCCAAACACCCAAGCGCACCUUACCGAGCAAUGGAUCCGUCUCAUCUUGACAUACGCGAGACACCGGCGUCUCUUUGUGCUGCGCGUUGAGGACGCAGAGGUCCCGGGCGGCCAUUGGGACGAGAUCCUUCGUAAUGAGAGGAUAAACCGACGGAUCCUACCACCCUACCUCUCGUCGUUGAUGGCUGCCAUGGUCGCAAAGAACCUCGCCGUGUACGACCCGCCCAAACAGACUCGUGCGGUGCUGCUAUACUGGCGUCUUCCGGAAGAAUGGGCUGAUGUCCUCCAUUCAUGGGCAACAGCGACUGGUCAGCUCAACACCAUCCUUACCUUUUAUGAGAUUUCAGACCCUCCCAUCCCGUCACCCCUUUCUGACAUACCUAUACCACUCCUACGGCGGGCUAUUACCGUCCUUUCACGCUCUAAUCGAGCACAGAUCAUUGGGGUUGCCGAUGGCGAAGGCGUCAGGUUCUUUGUAGGAUAAUCUUUAGAACAGAACAUUGGACUCUUAUAAUGAUGUACGUUGCUGUAUUUCUUAUUCGC